UCUCCCCUCCCUUCCCCGCCCCCCUCCGCCCCUCUCUCCUACCCGUCCGAAUUCCCUGGCUGGAGUACGCGUGCGUCUGCUCAGCUCCGGGCCGAGCGCGAGCUUGGGCUCGUACCCCGCUCCCCUCUCUCCGCCCGCUCUUUACCUACCGGCCGUAGCUGGCCCGGUGGGCUCGCGGGGAGACGCUCGCGCGCGCAAGCGCACACGACGCGGAGCGGAGCUCGAGACAUCGAGGAGAGGAGUAAGAAGCAUCGGAGGAGGCGAUCGAGGAGGAGACGGUGUGUGUGUAUGUGUCUGUUCUACGGUGUGGCUCGUCGUGGGGCGAGAGGAGGCUCGAGAGAGGGCGAGGGAGAAGCGAAAAGAGUCAGAGAGUCUUCCUCUGCGAGAGCCUCUAAUCUGGUUGCUAUGGAAAUACAUGACCACACAAAAGGAAGUCCAUUCUGAUAAUUCUGAUACCUGAGAUGUAACUGGACUGAAGAGUAGAAACAGGAAAAAUUUUAGUGCCAACUUUAAUUACAAUGGCCACUGAUUCAGGGGAUCCAGCCAGCACAGAAGAUUCUGAGAAACCUGAUGGAAUUUCAUUUGAAAACAGAGUUCCCCAGGUUGCUGCAACUUUGACAGUAGAAGCUAGACUAAAGGAGAAAAACAGCACCUUCUCUGCUUCUGGGGAAACUGUAGAAAGGAAGAGAUUUUUCCGAAAGAGUGUUGAAAUGAUGGAAGAUGACAAAGUUGCCGAAUCAUCCCCCAAAGAUGAGAGAAUUAAGACUGCAAUGAAUAUUCCAAGAGUAGAUAAGCUUCCGUCAAAUGUGCUGAGAGGUGGACAAGAAGUUAAAUAUGAACAGUGUUCAAAGUCAGCCUCAGAAAUCUCAAAAGAUUGUUUCAAGGAGAAAAAUGAAAAGGAAAUGGAAGAAGAAGCAGAAAUGAAGGCUGUAGCUACUUCUCCUAGUGGCAGAUUCCUGAAAUUUGACAUAGAACUAGGAAGAGGAGCAUUUAAAACAGUAUAUAAAGGACUGGACACUGAAACAUGGGUUGAGGUUGCUUGGUGUGAGCUGCAGGACCGAAAGUUAACCAAAGCUGAGCAGCAAAGAUUCAAGGAAGAAGCAGAGAUGUUGAAGGGUCUCCAGCACCCCAAUAUAGUUCGAUUUUAUGAUUCCUGGGAAUCUAUAUUAAAAGGAAAGAAAUGUAUUGUAUUAGUGACUGAACUAAUGACAUCUGGGACCUUAAAGACGUACUUAAAACGAUUUAAAGUCAUGAAACCAAAGGUCUUAAGGAGCUGGUGCAGGCAAAUUUUAAAAGGGUUGCAGUUCUUGCACACUAGGACUCCUCCUAUUAUUCACCGGGAUCUGAAGUGUGACAAUAUUUUCAUCACGGGACCCACUGGAUCUGUGAAGAUUGGUGAUCUAGGAUUAGCCACCUUAAUGCGUACCUCAUUUGCUAAGAGUGUCAUUGGAACUCCUGAGUUUAUGGCUCCAGAGAUGUAUGAAGAACACUAUGAUGAAUCCGUAGAUGUUUAUGCUUUUGGAAUGUGUAUGCUGGAAAUGGCCACAUCGGAGUAUCCUUAUUCUGAGUGUCAGAAUGCAGCUCAAAUAUACCGGAAAGUAACUAGUGGCAUAAAACCAGCCAGCUUCAAUAAAGUCACUGAUCCUGAAGUCAAAGAAAUCAUUGAAGGAUGUAUUCGUCAAAACAAAUCUGAAAGGUUGUCUAUCAGGGACCUAUUAAACCAUGCAUUUUUUGCUGAGGAUACAGGACUGAGGGUGGAGUUAGCAGAAGAAGAUGAUUGCUCAAAUUCAUCCCUUGCUUUAAGACUCUGGGUUGAAGACCCUAAAAAAUUGAAAGGCAAACACAAAGACAAUGAAGCUAUUGAAUUUAGUUUCAAUUUAGAAACAGAUACACCUGAGGAAGUAGCAUAUGAAAUGGUCAAGUCUGGGUUCUUCCAUGAAAGUGAUUCCAAAGCUGUUGCUAAAUCCAUUAGAGACCGGGUGACACCGAUAAAGAAGACAAGAGAGAAGAAGCCUGCUGGCUGUUCGGAAGAACGCAGGGAUUCUCAGUGCAAGUCUAUGGGUAAUGUGUUCCCUCAGCCCCAGAAUACAACUUUGCCCCCUGCUCCCGCUCAGCAAACUGGGGCUGAAUGUGAAGAAACUGAAGUUGAUCAACAUGUUAGACAGCAGCUUCUACAAAGAAAACCACAGCAGCACUGCUCCUCUGUUACAGGUGACAAUUUGUCUGAGGCAGGAGCUGCAUCAGUUAUACAUUCAGAUACUUCAAGUCAGCCCAAUGUAGCCUAUUCCUCAAAUCAAACGAUGGGCUCUCAAAUGGUUUCUAACAUCCCGCAGGCUGAAAUAAAUGUUCCAGGGCAAAUUUAUUCAUCUCAGCAACUAGUAGGACAUUACCAGCAAGUUUCAGGGUUACAGAAGCAGCCAAAGCUGACUCAGCCACAGAUUUUGCCUUUGGUUCAAGGUCAGUCUACUGUUUUACCUGUACACGUCCUUGGACCGACAGUUGUUUCACAACCCCAGGUUUCCCCACUAACUGUUCAGAAGGUCCCACAGAUAAAGCCUGUAUCCCAACCAGUUGGAGUUGAACAACAAGCAGCUCUUCUAAAACCAGAUUUAGUUCGAAGCUUGAAUCAAGAUGUGGCAACUACAAAGGAAAACAUCAGUAGCCCUGAUAACCCAAGUGGAAAUGGCAAACAGGAUCGGACCAAACAGAGAAGAGCUUCCUGUCCCCGACCAGAGAAGGGGACUAAAUUUCAGCUUACGGUCCUUCAGGUAUCAACCUCUGGAGAUAACAUGGUAGAGUGUCAGCUGGAGACACACAACAACAAGAUGGUCACCUUCAAGUUUGAUGUUGAUGGUGAUGCGCCAGAGGAUAUUGCAGACUAUAUGGUUGAAGAUAACUUUGUGCUGGAAAGUGAGAAAGAAAAAUUUGUAGAAGAAUUGAGAGCUAUUGUAGGUCAAGCCCAGGAGAUCCUUCAUGUCCACUUUGCCACAGAAAGAGCCGUUGGAGUUGAUUCUAUUACUGUGGACUCCAGUAGUAGCCAGACAGGGUCAUCUGAACAAGUACAGAUAAAUUCUACAUCUACUCAAACCAGCAAUGAAUCUGCACCUCAGUCAUCCCCAGUUGGUCGGUGGCGAUUCUGUAUCAAUCAGACGAUAAGAAACCGUGAGACUCAGUCUCCUCCUUCUCUUCAGCAUUCCAUGUCUGCUGUUCCUGGCCUACAUCCACUUCCUAGUCCAAAAAACACAAGUAAUAAGGAAAUAUCACGGGACACAUUGCUCACUAUAGAAAAUAAUCCAUGCCACCGUGCACUUUUCACCUCCAAAUCAGAACACGAGGAUGUGGUUGAUGGUAAGAUUUCUGAAUGUGCUAGUGUAGAAACCAAGCAGCCAGCUAUACUUUAUCAAGUGGAAGAUAACAGGCAGAUAAUGGCACCAGUUACUAAUAGUUCCAGUUACUCUACUACUUCAGUUCGUGCAGUUCCAGCUGAAUGUGAGGGACUCACCGAACAAGCAAGCAUAUUCAUACCUGUGUAUCCAUAUCACCAAACUGCCAGUCAGGCUGAUGCACUUAUGUCCCAUCCUGGCGAAUCAACUCAGACUUCUGAUAACUCUCUUACAACCCUGGCAUUUGAUCAAAAGCCUCAAACCUUAUCAGUACAGCAGCCAGCUAUGGAUGCAGAGUUUAUUUCCCAAGAAGGAGAAACUACAGUGAACACUGAAGCAAGUUCUCCUAAGACAGUCAUUCCCACUCAGACCCCUGGCCUUGAACCAACUACCCUUCAACCCACUACUGUCCUGGAAUCAGAUGGAGAAAGACCUCCAAAACUGGAGUUUGCAGACAACCGAAUUAAAACUCUGGAUGAAAAAUUAAGAAACUUGCUCUAUCAGGAGCACAGCAUCUCUAGCAUCUAUCCCGAGAGUCAGAAGGAUACCCAAAGCAUAGACUCUCCAUUUUCUUCCUCUGCUGAAGAUACCCUCUCCUGUCCAGUGACAGAAGUCAUAGCCAUCAGUCACUGUGGAAUUAAAGAUAGCCCUGUACAAUCCCCUAAUUUCCAACAGACAGGCUCUAAGCUUCUGUCCAAUGUGGCUGCAAGUCAGCCUGCUAAUAUAUCAGUGUUCAAAAGGGACCUGAAUGUGAUAACUUCUGUACCCAGCGAAUUGUGUUUACAUGAGAUGUCCUCAGAUGCUUCACUUCCAGGGGAUCCAGAGGCCUAUCCUGCUGCUGUGUCAAGCGGUGGAGCCAUUCAUCUGCAGACAGGAGGUGGAUAUUUUGGCCUAAGCUUUACUUGUCCUAGUCUCAAAAAUCCUAUUAGCAAGAAAUCCUGGACUCGCAAAUUAAAAAGCUGGGCAUACAGGCUACGGCAGUCAACCAGCUUUUUCAAGAGAUCAAAAGUCCGUCAAGUGGAAACAGAAGAGAUGAGAUCAGCAAUUGCUCCUGAUCCCAUUCCUCUGACACGGGAGUCCACAGCUGAUACUAGGGCUUUGAAUAGAUGUAAAGCGAUGAGUGGAUCAUUUCAGCGGGGUCGGUUCCAGGUGAUUACAAUUCCUCAGCAGCAGUCAGCAAAAAUGACAUCUUUUGGAAUAGAACACAUAUCAGUGUUCAGUGAGACAAACCAUUCUAGUGAAGAAGCCUUUAUUGAAACAGCAAAGUCUCAGUUGGUAGAAAUAGAACCUGCCACACAAAAUCCAAAAACUUCGUUUUCUUCUGAGAAGUUACAAGCUCUUCAGGAAACCUGUAAAGAAAAUAAAGGAGUUCCCAAACAAGGUGACAACUUCUUAUCUUUCAGCGCAGCUUGUGAGACUGAUGUAUCUUCAGUGACCCCAGAAAAGGAAUUGGGAGAAACUUCAGCCACAGGAAGUAGCAUGCAGUCUGGAUCUGAACUGUUGCUUAAAGAGAGAGAGAUAUUGACUGCUGGGAAACAGCCUAGCUCUGAUAGUGAAUUUUCAUCCAGUCUUGCUGGCAGUGGAAAGUCAGUGGCAAAGACUGGUCCAGAGAGUGAUCAGUGCUUACCACCCCACGAAGAACAAGCUUAUGCUCAAACACAGAGUUCACUCUUCUAUUCGCCAUCUUCCCCAAUGAGCAGUGAUGAUGAAUCAGAAAUAGAGGAUGAGGACUUGAAGGUGGAGCUUCAAAGAUUACGAGAAAAACACAUUCAGGAGGUGGUAAAUCUUCAAACCCAGCAGAAUAAGGAGCUGCAGGAGCUCUAUGAACGCCUUCGGUCAAUUAAAGAUAGCAAAACCCAAUCUACUGAGAUUCCUUUGCCACCUGCAUCACCACGUCGACCAAGAUCUUUCAAAAGCAAACUUCGAAGCCGCCCCCAGUCCUUGACACAUGUGGACAAUGGCAUAGUUGCUACAGGGAAAAGCUGCCUUAUAAAUGAGUUGGAAAAUCCACUGUGUGUGGAGAGUAAUGCGGCAUCAUGCCAACAGUCUCCAGCCAGUAAAAAAGGGAUGUUCACAGAUGACCUACACAAGCUGGUGGAUGACUGGACAAAGGAAGCAGUAGGAAAUUCUCUUAUUAAGCCAAGUUUAAACCAACUUAAACAAAGUCAACACAAACUAGAAACAGAAAACUGGAACAAAGUAUCUGAAAAUAUUCCGUCUACUAUGGGCUACACAUCAACAUGGAUUUCUUCUCUGUCCCAAAUCCGUGGAGCUGUCCCAACUUCCUUGCCACAAGGACUCUCACUCCCUUCAUUUCCUGCGCCAUUAUCAUCAUAUGGAAUGCCUCAUGUUUGUCAGUAUAAUGCUGUGGGGGGGGCGGGGUAUCCAGUACAGUGGGUAGGAAUUUCAGGAACAACACAACAGUCUGUAGUAAUUCCCGCCCAAUCUGGGGGACCAUUCCAGCCAGGGAUGAAUAUGCAGGCAUUUCCAACUUCAUCAGUGCAGAAUUCUGCCACAAUCCCUCCUGGUCCUAAAUGAAUCAGAGUAGAUGGUGAUAAAAAGGGAGGUUUUUUCAGAAUUAUUUUCAGGACACCUAAGAUAUUAAAGUUUCUUCCUCUUGGGUUCUGUCAUAUUUUCCCUCAUUUGAGUUUACUUUAGGCUAUAUAUUUUUUGUUCCAGUGUGGUAUUUGAUACAGCUCAUCAUUCUGUAGAAAUGUGCAGUUUGCACAUAGAACACUGCACACAGAAAUGUUUUUUCACUUCAAAUUCUAUCCUCUUUGAUACUUGAUUUUUUAAAAAUACUGUUCAGAAUGCUUUAAUAAGCUCAGCUUGAGCAUUACCAUUUCCAGGACACUUUCCAUUAAUUGUUGAGAAGCUCCCCACCCCCCGCGUUUUUUUUUUGUUUUUGUUUUUGUUUUUUACUGCUGCUAUCUGCAGCUGGAUACUUUUCUUUAAAAAUGUUUAAAAAUUUAGAUUGAUUCUCCCCAAAUGUGGAUGAACUGAGACCCUCCAUCAGCCAGAGUCUUAUGGGAUCUUCACUUCACAUGUUUGUCUUAGGUUUACCUUUCACAGAAGGCAGGGUAACUUGCUGCAGGAAACGUUUUGGUGUGUAAAAUUAGAAUAAUUUUUUUUGUUUUUUGAGAUGGAGUCUCUCUCUGUCGCCCAGGUUGGAGUGCAGUGGUGCGAUCUUGGCUCACUGCUGCAACCUCCCCCUCCUGGGUUCAAGCGAUUCUCCUGCCUCAGCCUCCUGAGUAGCUGGGACUACAGGCGCCAGCCACCAUGCCUGGCUAAUUUUUGUAUUUUUAGUAGAGAUGGGGUUUCACUAUGUUGGCCAGGCUAGUCUCGAACUCCUAACCUUGUGAUCCGCCCUCCUCAGCCCCCUCAAAAAAUUAUAAUAAUUUUGUCAACCAAUACAGAACAUGAGCCCUUUUUAAAUGUGAUUUCCCAUCAUCACAGCAGUAGGAUGAAGCCUUGUUUUGGGUGAGACAGAGGGAAAGAGAAAAAACAGAACUGUAACAGUUCCUUGAUUCUGCAGAUACUGCUGCUGUUUUAGGAUUUCAGUAAUAAUUCAAAGCAGCUGUCUCCUUGUUUCUCACAUGCAUACUACAUUGGUUUUGAGCAUCUGAGAGGCAUUGGUUUGGCUUGCAUUCUUUUGCAAGGCAUAUAUUGCAGCUGAUAUGAAUCUCAUUUGGGGGGAAUCCUUGUAUUCCUAACAAGGGGGAUUAAAGCUACACCUCAAUCCAUUCUUCUGAAGUGAAAUUUACUUGACACAGUAGGUUUUGAGACUUACAUAUGAAACACUGGCUUUACAGGGUUCUCAGAGAUGUGGGGUGUACACUGUCCUGCAGUGAGACAGUAGACCCUAGAAGGAUACUAUUUAAGUUGUCCUUAGCUCUUUUUAAUUCCCAUUUUCAGUUGUUAGAAUUUCUUUUUAGUAUCUAUAGUAUCUUAGAUGAUUUUAGGUCUUAAAUGAGUUUGGCAGCCUCUUUAGAAUCUGAGAGAGAUCACUGUCAAGUUGCACUUUACUGGGUUUUAUCCAGUUUUAGGAGGAGGGGAGGCAAUGUCAAAAUGUACACCUUUGGUUUUUAAGAAAGUUAACUAUAAUAAUGUUAAAGGCUAGUCACAGGGUUACCUAAUGCUCAGUCUGUGAAACCUAAAUAGAAUUCUUAAAAUGUUAUUUACCAACUAAGUAUUCAUGUUCAAAUUACUUACCUUCCAUUCUGAAGACUUUGAGGUCAUUUCUAAUACACAUUUACCUAAUUAGGAGUUCUGUCUACUAGUAAACAUUCCAAAUUGCUACCCAACAUUACUGUUAAUAGAUUUUCCUCCGUAUUCUUCUAAAAAUUGUACCCCAUGGGCUUGCCAGGUAAUGAGGAAAACUUAAUGGGUGUACUUGUUUUUUUUUGCACAGUCUACUUUGUGACGUUAAGUACCUCUUUUCCAAAAAAAAAAAAAAUGUGUCUUAUGUUGCUUACCUGAGGAUCACAUCCAUUAUCAAGAAGAUUCUGUCGCUAUAAUUUGAGGCAUCUAGGGCAGCAUUUUGAGAAUUGCUGUUGAUAAGAUCCACUGUUUCUUUUCAUAGAACAUGAUCUGUUUUGUAUGAGUCUUUCCAAAUGUUAAGUACAGAUUCUUCAAAUUUCUUGUACAGUAUUGGUUUGCAAUUUGAAGUGAUUUUAGGACAUUAGUGUAAUGCAAAUGCUUACAUUGCACUGUUUUCCAUAUGUAUAAAAACAAUGCUCCUAAAAUCCCUAAUUCUUUAAAACUGCCUGUGUUUCAUUAUAAAAAGUUGGCUUUGUGUAAUUACACCGAGACAUACAACCUAUAAAGUGAAAAUACUGCAGAUUUUAGGACCCCUUCUUCUCUAGUCACAAUCAUUUUAAACAGUGUACCCCAGGAUGAGAAAAGCUCCAUGUCUGACAUGUACAAUUACAUGUAUUAAUGACUGCUCCACAUCCUAUGUUCUGCCUUUGGCCACCACCUCUAUUCCACAUAUAAUUCAUCAUUCUUGUUUGCCUGCAGACUCUUGCAGUGCCUUGUAAUAUUUACAAUCUUUUCAGGUUUUUGCUGGAAAGAAAAGUAGUCUUCUAAAGUUUGAAGAUGGUGAAUAGUGUACUGCUGUCUCCAUGCUGACUGCGUAACUGGGUUAUCAUAUGUGUUAUGUAUACAUUAUGUAUAUAUAACGUGUGUACAUUUAAAAAUACAGAAAAAAGUGAGCUUGUGCAGAAAUGGAGAAAACAAUGUUAUUUUCAUCACUGUGGGGUUUUAUUAAAAUUAUUUUUUCCCAUGACUUACAUGUUUGGUUCAGAUUAUAGUCACUUUGACUGUAAAUACUGGCUAGUUUUCUAUCCAGGGGUUUUGCAUUAUUUCAUAAUUUUGCUAAAUCAUAUAAUAGUGCUAUUUUCAUCCUUGUCUGAGGCACUUUUCCUCCCCAGAAAUAAUUAACUUGAGGUAAAGCUCAGAAAUUCCCUUCUUAACAAAGAGCCUACUAUAUAAAAAGGGCCUUCCUUUCCAAAAAACACACAAACCUGUCCUUUUCAUUUUCCUUCUUGUAGAGGAGAAAAUGGUUGUACUUAACCAUACUGCUUGUAAAGUUUAUUCAGAGGAUAGUCUGUAUGUCCAGCCACCAUGUUUACUUCUCAAAGUGCAAGUCUGAUGAAUAGUACUGUAUCUCCAUAUGUGGCAAUGUGAGCAUUUCAUCAUGAAGUACCUGCUGCUAUGUCUGUGAAGUUGGGUGUAACAUCAUAAGAAUAUGAAACCAGUAUUGGUGUAAAUCUAAUGAAAAUAACCCUAUGUAUAUUUGUAGCAGUCUUGAAUCUCUAUUUAAGGUAAUUUGCUGUAAUAUAACAAAUAUUCAUUCUGUUUUUCAUCCCUUCCUUGCCAGUUUUAUAUCAAGAUUCAUUAGCAUGAAUUCUAAUGGUUUGACAGCAAAAUUAUCUGUGAAAGUUUAAAAGGCACUUUUCUGCUGUGAUUUUUGGAUUGAGUGUGGAGUGUUAUGUACAGUUUGAUGGGAUGUAUCAUUUUAGAACCCCAGAUUUAAUUCUAGUCCAAUUAAUUUUGUUUAACUACCUCGUUUUCAGUGCUGUUUUGGGUGCACAAGUAAACACUGCCUGCGAAACUUGCUUUUUUGCCUUGAUUCUCAGUAUUCUUUCAGAUUAUAAAUCUGGUCUGCCUCUUUUUCCCAGUGCUAGCCAACAGUUUGAGAUGAGAGGGACCAUCACUCUCUGUGUUUAAGUGGAGAGCCAUGUGCUUCUGUGAAAUAUGCUUUGGGGAUUUGGGGGUGGAGAGCAGAAGAAUAAUUGAAAUUGGUGGCAAUAUAGGACUUAGGUGUAGGAGUUAGUUAUAAAAUAAACAAAUGGUAAGAAAGUACCUGAAUUAGACAAUCCAGUGCCUAUAACUUUGCAUUUUUUAUUAGAGAUGCAUUUCUCGUCUGUGUGCCUAAAGGGCAAUGGGUUGAAAUUGCUUUAACUACCACAGUGAAAUAUUUGACAAAUCCUUCAGCAAUGGCCUAUCAUUCAACAUGUAUUAGCACAGUGCUAGGUAUUUGCAGUGAUAUUUUGUUACCUUAAAACGGCCAAAUGCAUUUAGUUGAAAUGUAGUUGAUAGUAAGGGUUUUAUAUAACUUUAUCCAAUCUCUAAAGUUUAUGGAAGCAUUGACUUUCUUCUUUGCUGUCUUUUCUGAGUGAUGAAAAUGAUGCAUUCCUUUUUUUUCCUUGAAAACUCAGCAAAUGUUUGUAACCAGAUGUUCCUUGUUUCACAUGUUUACUGUGUAACACUACAGCAUAUUUAAUAUUGGUAAAUAUUGUAUUUCAGUCAUUAUGCAUAAGUACAUUCCUGAGGUAUAUUUGCCAUCAUUUUGGGAUUCAGUUAUUUUAUCUUCUGUUUGGGUCAGAAAAACUUGAACUAUUUGAGGUGGUAUGCAGGCCAUUUUCUAGAAUAGAUUGUUUUUUGAAUCUGUAGUUUAUCAAGGACUUGUUCCCCCCCUCCCUUUGUUUAGAAGAGGAAUCAGAAAAGGGAGGUGGUGUGUAGAAAAGGCCUUUGAUUUGAUAGGUAUAAUUUCUAAGAUAGAUUGAAAUUUAAAAAAAAAUGCAGAUUGUAAGAUAGUAACACUCAAACUUGAUAAAAACCUUUGAAUUAAAAUUAGUAUGAAAUUUUUAUGGAACCAAAUGCCUUCAGGUCACCCUGGAAAUAGUCUUUGUAUGUGAAAGAUGAACACAAACAUUGGUCAGGAACCCUGACAGCCAAUAUAUGAAGGAGCCUGGGAUAGUAACGAGGUUACACUAAAGUUAUUUUCAACUAAGAUAGCUAGACGAGUGUACAAACCAAUAGCUCCUAUUCUGGAAGGUUUUCUUUUAAUUAAAAAAAUUCAAACAACGUUAAAAGUCAAGCAAGAAGGGGAGAAACUGGGUUCUGAGAAAAAAAAUGCCAGUAUAAAAUAAACUCCUAAAUGCGUGCUUGUCAUCCUCUAGUUUUUUUUUAAGUUGAAUUUCUUUUCCACUAUAACUUAAGAUUUGAGAUUGAGGUUUGCGGUCCAGAACAUACCCUCAGCAGAUACAGUGACUAACUGGAAAGUGCAGUUGUUCAAGGUCUGUCAUGCUCAAUCACCUAAAGCUAUAAUUUGUUUGAUAUAUUAAGCAUGUAGACCUAGUGCAGCAUGGGAGCCACUCAGGAAGUUUAUGCAAUUAAUAAACUUUCAGCAUAAUUUACUAUGAAGUAUGCAGAAUUUCACCCUCUUCUCCACACUUAACAUUUAGUUGUAUAUGUGAACUCUCCUUUCUUAAUUGGGGAAUGUAACAUUAUAUAGAAUGUUGUUAAACUUAAUUUUAAUCCUUUUUGACAUUAACCUUUUUUUUUUUUGGUAAACCAAGUGAUCUGCCUUUCAGCAACUGUCUGAUUUUGGUUCUUUGAAACUGUUAUUUUUAUUUCAUUUGUACCCAACCAUUGUAAGUAUUUUGUUUUGUUUCCUGGAAAUUCUGUUUUGAAACAGAAAAUAAAGGCUGUGUUAAAUGAGUAUGUUAUCUUAUUAAAAUGCUGCCAUAGUCACUGCAA